AUGUCCCUGGACUUCGAGGGCAAAGUGGUGAUUGUGACUGGGGCCAGCUCCGGAAUUGGGGCGGCCACAGCAAAAAUGUUUGCCCAGCGAGGGGCUAAGGUGACGCUAUGUGGACGGGACGUGGGCAGACUGAACGAGGCCGUGGAGGAGUGUUCCAAGGUUGGGGGCGGUGAUGCCAGACGAUUCCUAACUGUAGCAGGGGACGUCACCAACGCAGAAAUACGAAAACAAAUCAUCAAGCAGACGAUAGAGAGAUUCGGGCGCCUUGACGUCCUAGUAGCAAACGCUGGAACUAUUGAUCCGAAAAGAAUAAUGGAUGAGACAGAAGAAUCAUUCGACAAUGCAAUCAACACGAACGUCAAGGCCACGUUUUUCCUGAUCCAGAUCGCCAUUCCUGAACUGAUCAAAUCCAAAGGUAACAUCGUGACUGUGUCCUCUAUAAGCAGCACACUGGCUGUUCCGUCUGAGAUUGUCUACUGUAUGACCAAGGCCGCACUUGACCACAUGACCAGAAACCUAGCACUGGAUUUGGCCUCUAAAGGUGUUCGGGUGAACGCCGUUAACCCGACCCUAGUAUUUACUAGAAUCUACCGAAGCUCCGACGACGACCCCGGCGUGGAUAAAUUUCUGAAGGAUUGUGCAGCGGCACAUCCUUUGCAUGGCCGAGCCAGCACCGCCGAAGAACAAGCAGAAGUGAUCGUCUUCCUGGCCAGUGACGCUGCCCGUUUUGUGACCGGGGAGUGUAUCAAAGUUGACGGGGCCGCUACUUUGAUCGGUGUACCCUUUGUAUGA